AUAAGUGGAUGUAACCUCUGAUGCUUUAUAGAAAUCUGCAGACAGAGAGAGAUCAAUCAUCCAUCCACCAACUGUUACUGUUACUGUUACUAUAGUACUAGUUUUUUCUUCCAUUCAUGAGACCAAGCUGACGCGCCAAGGACCUACGCUCAUGUCACGUCAUAAUCUUACAAUUGCCACAGCAUCCGUGAUUAGCGCGUGUAGAACAGAAAUCUGGAUUUGAUCUUAAGAAAUACAAAACCCGCACAUGGCAUGUUUCGUCUACUCUAAAUUUAGAUUUUCCCCCCCUUUCUCUCCGUCCAAACACAGAAACAAGAAAACAGCAGAAGAGGGAAGAAAAAAAAAAACUGAGAAAAGAUCUCCUUGUUUGUCGACAUUGAAUUAAUUCAGAUUUGAUUUUUUUAUUUAUUAAUUUUUGAUUUGGUGAUUUAUGUCUCGAGCGCCAAAUUAUGAGUUUCAGGAAUGGUGGAACAAGCAAAGGGAGAAGAACCACGGGCUUUUCACGAACGAAAGUAGUAAUCCUAGUAACGGAUUCCUAACCGUUGAGAUCAGCAGUCCCAAUCCUGAUCGUACGGCCGAGAAAGAUCGCUCCAGAAGCGCACGCCAGCUGUCCUGGGUUUGCCUUUUGAGAUUCCAGCAGCUUGCUAACUCCCUCGCGUGGAUCACAAACGCCUCCAUUAUCCUCCUCCGUACCGCAAACCGUCGAAUCUCUGCUUCCCCUUCCGAUUCCUCCGCUUCCAGGCUUUACCGUAUUAUAAAGUUCUUUCUGUUUCUGGUGCUUCUUUUACUUUGUGUGGAGUUAGUUGCGUAUUUCAAGGGAUGGCAUUUCAGUCCACCGUCGGCAGCGUCGGCAGAGGCGGCAGUCGAGCUUGUGUACGCCAAGUGGCUCGAAAUUAGAGCCGAUUACUUGGCGCCGCCGCUGCAGAGCUUGGCGAAUGUGUGUAUAGUGCUCUUCUUGAUUCAGUCGGUGGAUCGUGUGGUCUUGAUGUUAGGAUGUUUCUGGAUCAAGUUUAGGAAGGUGAAACCAACGGUAGCCAUGGAGUAUCCGGUGGGGCCAGUAGAAGGAGACAAUGUAGAGGAUUAUCCAAUGGUGUUAGUGCAAAUUCCUAUGUGCAAUGAGAGGGAGGUUUACCAACAAUCUAUUGCAGCAGUUUGUAUCAUGGACUGGCCAAAGGAGAGAAUGCUGGUACAGGUUUUGGAUGAUUCUGAUGAUUUAGAUGUUCAGCUCCUUAUCAAGGCAGAAGUACAGAAAUGGCAACAAAGGGGUGUGCAUAUGUUAUAUAGACAUCGCCUUAUUCGUACUGGCUACAAGGCGGGGAACCUGAAAUCUGCAAUGAAUUGUGAUUAUGUGAAAAAUUAUGAGUUUGUUGCUAUUUUUGAUGCGGAUUUCCAGCCAGCACCUGAUUUCUUGAAGAAAACCAUUCCUUAUUUCAAGGGGAAUGAUGACCUAGCAUUGGUCCAAACAAGGUGGGCAUUUGUAAAUAAGGAUGAGAACCUGCUUACAAGAUUGCAGAACAUAAAUUUAUCAUUCCACUUUGAGGUUGAACAGCAGGUCAAUGGUGUGUUUAUCAACUUCUUUGGUUUCAAUGGAACUGCUGGUGUGUGGAGAAUUAAGGCCCUUGAGGACUGUGGUGGAUGGUUGGAACGAACAACUGUUGAGGACAUGGAUAUCGCUGUUCGUGCUCACCUUUGUGGAUGGAAGUUUGUAUAUCUGAAUGAUGUUAAGGUCUGUGACAUGUUAUCAUGUACAAAUUUCCUUCCCCAAUUGAGAGAGAGAAAAAGUGAGCUAACUUUUAUCUGUCUGCAGUGCCUUUGUGAACUACCUGAGUCCUAUGAGGCAUACAAGAAACAGCAGCACCGCUGGCAUUCAGGUCCCAUGCAGUUGUUCAGAUUGUGCUUCCUUGACAUACUUCGGUCUAAGGUAAGUAUGGCCAAGAAAGCGAAUUUGAUAUUUCUGUUCUUUCUCCUACGGAAGCUUAUUCUGCCCUUUUACUCGUUCACCCUGUUCUGCAUCAUUCUCCCAUUGACAAUGUUCCUGCCAGAAGCUCAGCUACCAGCCUGGGUUGUUUGCUAUAUCCCUGGAAUUAUGUCUAUGUUGAAUAUCAUUCCAGCACCACGAUCGUUCCCUUUCAUAGUCCCAUACCUUCUAUUUGAAAACACAAUGUCAGUGACAAAGUUCAAUGCCAUGAUAUCAGGACUGUUUCGGUUUGGAAGUUCUUACGAAUGGGUAGUUACCAAAAAGUUGGGGAGAUCAUCAGAGACCGAUCUUGUUGCCUAUGAAAAGGAAUCAGAUACUUUAGUUGAAGCUACUAGUCUCCUCAGGUCAUCCUCAGAUUCUGGCCUUGAAGAGCUUAGCAAACUAGAAGUAACCAAGAAAAACGUAAAAACCAGAAGAAAUCGUGUCUACAGGAAGGAACUUGCACUUGCUUUUAUCUUGUUAACUGCCUCCGUGAGAAGCUUGUUGUCAGCCCAAGGAAUUCACUUCUACUUCCUACUAUUUCAAGGGAUCAGUUUCCUUGUGGUUGGUCUCGAUUUGAUAGGAGAACAGGUGAGUUAACCGUUCGUACACUAUCCGGGAGAGUUUCAGUUGAAAUACAGGUCACACUGACCUAGCUUUGAAUCAAUUGCUGUGUGUUGGAUAGCCGAUCUGUGGCUCGAAGCAGAUCAUUCGUUUGUGCAUGGUAUGUGUUUCUGGUCUAUUUAUAUACUUAAUUGGACUACCAUAACAUAUUUUAUGGUUGCCAAGCGACAUGCCAUUGGUUAAAUCUAAAGAGAACCUUCAAAACUAGGGGUGGGAGGAUGGAAUUCCGUCCCGCGGAUUUAUUUUGUGUUAUAAUACAUUGUACAAUUGAGAAGCAAGACAAGCGUCAUUGGCGUUAUUCUUUAAUUUUGUUAGACAGAUUGUGUACCAUUACCAUAUAUGUCAAGUUUUGAGAAUUGAUUGA